UUGAGGUUGUUUCAUGUUUGUCAACUUGACAGUCGGUAGCGUAGUUUCGGUUUUAGGUUAGGAUUUAAGAAACUUUACAUAGGUAGUUAAAAGUGAAAAUAUUAGCAGUUAUUCUUAAAUGAUUAUUCAACCGUAUUAAGCUUUGUGUCAUUAACGAAUAUAACCCACUUUAACUGACAAAAUGCCAACUUGGAAUCAAAUUCAAUCUCAACUUCGAAACCCAAACAAUCCAGUUGUAUUUUUUGAUAUAACUGUUGGGACUACUGAAAUAGGGCGAAUGAUAUUUGAACUGUUUGCGGAUGUAGUGCCGAAAACAAGCGAAAACUUUAGAGAAUUCUGUACAGGAGAAUACAGAAGAGAUGGUGUACCACUAGGAUAUAAAGGAGCGACAUUCCACAGAGUCAUAAAGGACUUUAUGAUCCAAGGUGGAGACUUUGUCAAUGGUGAUGGUACUGGUGUUAUGAGCAUAUAUGGAGGCAGCACAUUUGCAGAUGAAAACUUUGUAUUAAAACAUGAUUCCCCAGGAUUACUGUCAAUGGCCAACAGUGGUAAAGAUACUAAUGGCUGCCAGUUCUUCAUUACAUGUGCUAAGUGCAACUUUUUAGACAAUAAGCAUGUAGUGUUCGGGAGAGUGAUUGACGGACUACUUGUUAUGAGGAAAAUAGAAAAUGUUCCUACUGGACCUAACAACAAACCAAAAAUACCAGUUACAAUAUCUCAGUGUGGACAAAUGUGAAUAAAAACUAUUUUUAAAUAAAUAA